GCUAAUCCAAUGGCCCAUUAUCUUCGAGCGAUAGUCCUCAAUUAGCUAAUAAAUUUUCCGUAGUUAACUAUACCCCACUCCCAUAUGUUACCCUGUUUGUCCAUUCGGAGUCACUGGGCUAGAGACUAGUACUAGGAGUAGUACGCCUGUUUGGCUUCUUUCCAGCCAAUGGCUUCCUCCACCAUGCGUGUAUUCCAGGUUCAUCCGGCAUUGACCGCCGUAGAAACUUGCCCCUUCAAGGUAUAUUAAAAGAGGAGAAAAAUGGCAGAGCUAAAUUUUUUCACUGGAUGCGACCCCUCCAUCAGUGCAGGGGUCAUAAUGAUCACAUAACGUCUCCGCGGUCGAUGUGAGACCCUAGCGAGUAUAAUAAUACUGAACGAGUCCCACCCCGCUUCUUCACUUCCUUCCAACAGCCCUACCCCACCUUGUUACUGCAGAUAAGUCGUAAGGGAUCACACUCAACAAUGCGGCCUUCUUUCCAGCCCUCCAGCCUCCUGCUGGCCUUGACGGCCAUGGACCUUGCUUCCGCGGAGAGGGUCCUGGGUGCAUACAUCUUCGCCCGCCAUGGAGACCGCACACCCAAAGUGCUAGGAAACACCCGGCUCACCGACCUCGGAUACAGCGAGGUCUACCAAGCCGGUAGCUACUACCACGACCGGUACAUUGACUCGAGCUCCUCGCUGCAGAUCGAGGGCAUCAGCUCCGACAUCGUGAACCUGAAGCAGCUCACCGCGUCCUCGCCCUCGGACGCAGUCCUCCAGAACUCCGGCGUAGCCUUCAUGCAGGGUGUCUACCCGCCGGUAGGGUCCUCAGCCAACGAGACCCUGGCCAACGGCACGACUAUCUCCGCCCCGUUGAGCGGCUACCAGCUCAUCCCGCUCAGCCUGGUGUCCACCGGCACAAACAGCGAAGACAACACCUGGCUGCAGGACGCAACAGGCUGCAACAACGCCAAGGUCAGCAGCAACAGCUACUACAGCUCGACGCUGUACAACGACCUCUACAAGUCCACCACGGACUUCUACCAGUCGCUCUCGUCCAUGCUGGACGGCGCCUUCGCAAAGGACAAGAUGAACUUCAAGAGUGCCUACACCAUCUACGACUACCUCAACGUCGCCAGCAUCCACAACACGACCAACACGCCCACAAGCGAACAACUGGAGCAACUCUUCCUGCUCGCCAACGUCGAGCAGUACAACCUCGCCUACAACACCACCGACACCGUCCGCGCAAUUGCAGGCUCGCAGCUCGCCGGCGAGAUGCUCCAGGGCCUCAACAAGACCAUCACCUCCAAGGGUGCUACCAAGCUCAACGUUCAGUUCGGCUCCUACGGAACCUUCCUCUCGUACUUCGGGCUCGCGCAGCUCCCCGCGGCCGAUGUCAACUUCACCGGCAUCCCAGACUAUGCGUCGUCCAUGUCUUGGGAGCUGAUCACCGAUUCUACUGCAGAUGGAUUCCCCGAUGCCUCGGAGAUCAACGUGCGCUUUAUCUUCCACAACGGCACCAUCGCUGGGUCCAACGAUGCGCCGCGGGAGUUCCCCCUGUAUGGUCAGUCGAGUGCCACGAUCCCGUGGUCGAAGUUCGUUGAGGAGACGAAGAAGAUUGCCGUCACGGACACUGAGGAGUGGUGCAAGGUUUGUGGAAACACGGACGGUAAGUGUGCGUCGUACAAUUCUGAUGGUUCGCGAUCCGAUUCCGCGGGUGCCACGUCGAAGAGUGGUGGCGGUGGUGUGUCUAGACCGGUGGCUGGUGUUAUUGGUGCCAUGGUCACUCUGGCUGUGAUCUUUGGUUUGCAGGCGCUGUUCCUGCUUGUUGGUGGCUUUACUAUCAUCAAGAAGCGGAAGGCUGGGGCUGCUACUCCUGAUGUUACAGAGAAUAAGGCCUAGAGUGUUGUCAUGAGGUCUUAAAAUGGUUAAUGAGCUUUGUGAGUGGGGGGGGGGAAAUCAGUUUGAGGUUAUGUGAUGGAUCAUUUACGGUCUUUAUGUUCUAAUGCUGUCUGAUGUUGCCGGCAACUGAUUAUGAUGCAUAACAUGAGAAAUGAAAGUAAUGCGCUCAAAUAAACAAGGCCUCAGCAAGUGUUAACCUCGACGUAUGCGUGUCAAUAUAUACUCUCUCCUAUCUCCCAGGAUAACCAUGUGAAAGAAACUAAAUAUCCAC